GUCCGCCGAAGAUUUGUCCAGCUACGAUCUGCCGGCCAUUAUGCAUGGCAAGUGCAUCUUUACUGCCUUGGAUGCGAAGGUUUCCCCUGGCCUCAGGGACAAGGUGGGUGAGGCAUUUGCAACAGCCUUGGGAGCAGAGUUGAGUUUGAAGAUUCAGAUCGUAGGAGUCCAGGAGAUUGCUCAUCCCACCAUGGGUCAAGGCAAAGAGUUUGACUUGCUGUACACUUCAAAGACGCCCAGUGGGGAGGCAGCCAUCAGAAAGCUGCACGACCAGGCCACACAAAUUCAGGCCACGGUGCAGGAGGCUAUCAGAAAGGUGACCACCGCAGGCACAGUGCAGGCGUGGUGCAGUUCCACUCUGGACUUCUAUGGGCCCAAGGCGGCAAAACUUCCCAAGGGGAGCAAGAUCAAGGAGAUCUUCGGCCAACUGCCUCCAGGGCGUCAAUGAUAAGGUGGACGGCGUGGCCGGUGGUCAAUUGCAGACGAGGAGCCGCCCUUUUCAUUCAGGAGUUGCGAAUUGAGCUUCCCGGAUGUAGGCCCAUCAUCCAUCAUCAUCCCAGCAUGGACAGAAAGGUGUACCUUUUGAUGCUCUGACCCCAAAGACAAUGGCAAAUGGACAAUGCCCCAUUGAUAU